AUGGCCAUGCCCAACGACCCAUCCGCAUCCAAAAACCUUGUCAGUUUCAUCGGCAUCCUUAUUCGUCGCGCAGCUAUGGAUCCUAGUGUUCCUUACGCUGCUCUGCUGCUUCUCCAGCGUCUGAAGUAUCGUUAUCCGACUGCUCGCGCGAUAGGACAGCAUCUUUACUUCGCAGCCUUCAUGCUUGCAUCCAAGAUGUUAUGCGACACAGACUUGACUGUCCAGUCCUGGCUCUACUCAUCACAAUGGUCUUUUACUGGUUCGCACCUCCUUAAAAUGGAGAGGGAGCUGUGUCAAUACCUCUAUUGGGAUCUUACCUUCGACUUCGACACUCUAUCAAACUUCCAGCUCGUCGUACGCAAUGUUUACGGCAGAGACAGGGACAUCUAUCCGGCAUACUCUCUCAUCAAACUCUCUCCGCGGUUGGACGUUGUCUCGCGCCAACGUGGUGUGGCAGCGGUUAAUGGUCAACCACUUCCGCAACCGGUGCCUGCUCGCUCGGGGUCUGCACCUUGUCCUGUCAAUAGGAAAGAGAAGUCGAACCACUCGCAUUCGGACCCCGAAUCACACAGUACCAACAAGUAA